CUCUCUCUCUCUCUACAUAAAAUAGCAAGCAAAUUAGAUACUACUACUACACUCUUUAUACGUACGACACUAUAUAUGUGUAUUGUGUGCCCCCACACAUAAAUAUAUAUGUCUCAUUCUCCACAUCCUUCUAACAUGAGUCAACAACACCAUUCCCCCCCUCCCCCUAUUACCCCUAAACCCACCCCUCCUCCGCCGCGGAGUACUACCACCGUUCAAUCUCAAUCUCUGCAUUUGCAGCCCUCAAUCGGAAGCGAAUCGCUGCCGUCUCCGAAAAAAGUCAAGACCGCGGCCGCGGCAGCCGCGAGGCCGGGCGGAGGGAAGCACCCGACGUACCGGGGCAUCCGGAGCCGGAGCGGGAAAUGGGUGUCCGAGAUACGCGAGCCGAAGAAGACGACCCGCGUGUGGCUCGGCACCUACCCAACCCCGGAGAUGGCCGCGGCCGCCUAUGACGCGGCCGCGCUGGCGCUCAAAGGCGCCGGCGCGGCCGUCAACUUCCCCGAUCGGGCCGGGGUGUAUCCGGUCCCGGACUCGCCCGCGCCGCUGGAUAUCAGGAGGGCGGCCGCGGCGGCCGCCCUCAUGAUGAAGCCGGACGAGCAGCGGCCGGCAUCCGAUGCUGAUGAUCAGCAUCGGCCUGCCGCUGCUCGGGAUGCGGAAGCGGCAGCGGCGGAGCAUGAGUUUAUUGAUGAGGAGGCGCUGUUUCAUAUGCCGAAUCUGCUGGUGGAUAUGGCGGAGGGAAUGCUAGUUAGCCCGCCGAGAAUGGCGUCUCCGCCGUCGGAUGAUUCGCCGGAGAAUUCUGAUGUGGAGAGUUUGUGGAGCUAUUGAAAAAAAAACAAGACACGUAAUAUUGUUGUACUAUCAUUUAUUGCAGAAGAUUAUAUAUAUAAUAUACAAAGACACAUUAAUUUGUGUUCAAGUAGGAAAAUUGGUUGCAUAAUUUUAUUUGGUUAAAUUCUUGUUAUUCCUAUUCCUCCCAGUUUCUUAAUUUUCGGUUUGAAGAUUUGUAAUUGAUUAAUUAGAUUCAAAUCUAAUACAAUCGAUAUUUAGAAUCGUGUA